GGAGAGCGAAGCUAUUGAGCCAGCGAGGAGUGAAGCUGAGCCUGGCCUCACACGCUCCUGGAGGACCACCCCCUGAGACAGAGUUCUCUUCGCCCCUUCUUCGUUCUCCAAGCUCUCCUCCUGCCCUCCCUCCCUGCCCAAUACAAUGCAUUCUUGACUGGCAGCGUCUGGACUCCAGGCAGUCCCAGAGAACUGAAGCAAGCCAAAGAGGAGGACUGGAGCCAAGACACUCCGGUGGAGGAGCUUGGAUGCCUGGCUUUCUUUGAGGACAUCUUUGGAGCGAGGGUGGCUUUGGGGUGGGGGAUUGUGCUUCAGGGAAUCCAGCCAGGCCCCAAGAUGGACACUUCUGGGCACUUCCAUGACUCAGGGGUGGGGGACCUGGAUGAAGACCCCAAGUGUCCCUGUCCAUCCUCCGGGGAUGAGCAGCAGCAGCAGCAACAGCAGCAACCACCGCCGCCAGCACCACCAGCAGCCCCCCAGCAGCCUCCGGGACCCCCGCUGCAGCCUCAGCCUCCGCAGCUUCAGCAACAGCAGCAGCAGCUCCAGCAGCAGCAGCAGCAGCAGCAGCCACCGCAUCCCCUGUCUCAGCUCACCCAACUCCAGAGCCAGCUUGUCCACCCCGGCCUGCUGCACUCCUCUCCCACCGCUUUCAGGGUUCCCCCUUCGUCCAACUCCACCGCCAUCCUCCACCCUUCCUCCAGGCAAGGCAGCCAGCUCAAUCUCAAUGACCACUUGCUUGGCCACUCUCCAAGUUCCACAGCCACAAGUGGGCCUGGCGGAGGCAGCCGGCACCGGCAGGCCAGCCCCCUGGUGCACCGGCGGGACAGCAAUCCCUUCACAGAGAUCGCCAUGAGCUCCUGCAAGUAUAGCGGUGGGGUCAUGAAACCCCUCAGCCGCCUCAGCGCCUCCCGGAGGAACCUCAUCGAGGCCGAGCCUGAGGGCCAACCCCUCCAGCUCUUCAGCCCCAGCAACCCCCCAGAGAUUGUCAUCUCCUCCCGGGAGGACAACCAUGCCCACCAGACCCUGCUCCAUCACCCCAACGCCACCCACAACCACCAGCAUGCCGGCACCACUGCCAGCAGCACCACCUUCCCCAAAGCCAACAAGCGGAAAAACCAAAACAUUGGCUAUAAGCUGGGACACAGGAGGGCCCUGUUUGAAAAGAGAAAGCGACUCAGUGACUAUGCUCUGAUUUUUGGGAUGUUUGGAAUUGUUGUUAUGGUGAUAGAGACCGAGCUGUCUUGGGGUUUGUACUCAAAGGAUUCCAUGUUUUCGUUGGCCCUGAAAUGCCUUAUCAGUCUAUCCACCAUCAUCCUGCUGGGUUUGAUCAUCGCCUAUCACACACGGGAAGUGCAGCUCUUCGUGAUUGACAAUGGCGCGGAUGACUGGAGGAUAGCCAUGACCUACGAGCGCAUCCUCUACAUCAGCCUGGAGAUGCUGGUGUGCGCCAUCCACCCCAUUCCUGGCGAGUACAAGUUCUUCUGGACGGCGCGCCUGGCCUUCUCCUACACACCGUCGCGGGCGGAGGCCGACGUGGACAUCAUCCUGUCCAUCCCCAUGUUCCUGCGCCUCUACCUGAUCGCCCGCGUCAUGCUGCUGCACAGCAAGCUCUUCACUGAUGCCUCGUCCCGCAGCAUCGGCGCCCUCAACAAAAUCAACUUCAACACCCGCUUCGUCAUGAAGACCCUCAUGACCAUCUGCCCGGGCACUGUGCUACUGGUGUUCAGUAUCUCCCUGUGGAUUAUCGCUGCCUGGACUGUCCGAGUCUGCGAAAGGUACCAUGACCAGCAGGACGUAACUAGUAACUUUCUGGGUGCCAUGUGGCUCAUCUCCAUCACAUUCCUUUCCAUUGGUUACGGGGAUAUGGUGCCCCACACAUACUGUGGGAAAGGUGUCUGUCUUCUCACUGGCAUCAUGGGAGCAGGCUGUACUGCCCUUGUGGUGGCCGUGGUGGCCCGAAAGCUGGAACUUACCAAAGCAGAGAAGCAUGUUCACAACUUCAUGAUGGACACUCAGCUCACCAAACGGAUCAAGAAUGCUGCAGCCAAUGUCCUUCGGGAAACAUGGCUGAUAUAUAAACACACAAAGCUGCUAAAGAAGAUUGACCAUGCCAAAGUCAGGAAACACCAGAGGAAGUUCCUCCAAGCUAUCCACCAACUGAGGAGCGUCAAGAUGGAGCAGAGGAAGCUGAGUGACCAAGCCAACACCCUGGUGGACCUUUCCAAGAUGCAGAACGUCAUGUAUGACUUAAUCACGGAGCUCAAUGAUCGGAGUGAAGACCUGGAGAAGCAGAUAGGCAGCCUGGAGUGUAAACUGGAGCACCUCGCCGCCAGCUUCAAUUCCCUGCCCUUGCUCAUCGCGGACACCCUGCGCCAGCAGCAGCAGCAGCUGCUGACUGCCAUCAUGGAGGCCCGAGGUGUCAGCGUGGCGGUGGGCACCACCCAUGCCCCACUCUCCGACAGCCCCAUCGGGGUCAGCUCCACCUCCUUCCCGACCCCAUACACAAGUUCAAGCAGUUGCUAAAUAAAACUCCCCACUCCAGAAG